UUCUUGCCUACUUUUCGGCCAGGUAAGGGAGAGCUAUCGCGGUAGGCCUAAAACGCUGCGAUCCCGAAAUAAUCGUUCCUCGUGGGAUGCUUCGCAAUGACCGCCGACGAGAUCGCGUGCACCGUCUUCAACGCACGCCGGGAGGCGACAAGGUGACGGGCCGCUGGGACUGCGAGCAGCGAUGAAGCAGCGUCGGCAGCGAUCAUCGACAAGCCGCCGUCGCGACGUUCGACAGCAAACCGUCGGGGCCGCCAUGGGUUGGUUGCCUGUCGCGGAUCGGCCGCUUCUGUGUGUGGUGCCGUGCUAGCGUGUGCUUCGGCAGUGCUCGGGCGCCUGUGAACCGCCGCGAAAUCGCGCGCCCCUCGCCUUCCUCCGCACGAGCCUGUGUGUGUGAGCGGCCCGUGCGUUGAACGUGUGAUGAAAACUCGAGUCAACGCGCCUGUUCGCGCCAUUUGCGGCUGGGGGAAAUAGCCAGUGUUUCUUUCGUUUGUUUUUUUGUUUGUUUCACUGCUGCAUCCCACCACAACCACCAACCACCGCUUCUGCUGCUGUUUUAGUGAGUCUCUCUUCUCCUCUGCUGGACUCACAAUCGCUGAUCUCCCGAAAGCGCUGCCCAAAAUCACAUGGCAACAACAUGACUGAUCAAGCAUGGAUGUCCGGAUCAGUGAUUCAGAGGAACUGUGCACCGCGCUUAGGUGACUUUCGGAGAAGAUGCCAAGGAAGUUCAAAACACAAGAUGGGAAUCCGUCUGAAGCCAUCCGAGGCCUCUGGGAGGGAGCAUACGUGUCGCAGUUCGUGCGUCUCUUUCAGCGCAAAUUUGGAUUUCAGAGCCUAACAACUCAGGAAUUGGAAGACGCACUUCUCAAUCCCGAGAGCCUGGUUGUUCCUGACAUUUGUGCUCGGCUGCUCAGGUUCAUUACCCGGCAGUCAUCUGUUUUGAUCUCUAAUUUUGAAGACACUCUUACUGAACUUCUGCAAGAGAAGGAAGUUUCGUUCACAAAGGGACCCUGGAGAGACCUCUCUCCAGGAGACAAGCUCCUGACUGUCAAGUGGCUACUGGACUAUGCCUACGAGUCUUGGGAAGAAGAGCUGUCAGAGUUCUUGGACGACCACUACGACGCUGAGGAUUUGCGUGGAAUUCGUGUAGGCCAAGAUGCUCUUGACAAUGUCUACUGGUACUUGGAAGACCUUCGCCUGUAUCGGGAGCUGUGCCCCAAGAAGCCCCAACGCAGCCGGGAGUGGGACUGUGUCUGCCUGACAGUGUCGGACUGGCAGGGCUUCCUCAAGCAGUUCCGCAAGUCCUCCAACCCGCGGGAGAAACAGUUGCACACCUUCCUCUCAUCGCACCUCUUCCCCAUUGUCCAGGCCCAGGCACAGGCAUUGAAACGUGAAGAGCGUGACCUUGAAACAGAGAACCGUUGGCUUCUGGAGCGGGAGCAAAACGAGGUUCUCCUUCCUCGGCCUGGCUCCGACAUGAAGUGCAACGGGGCCCCCUCGGUAGACAAGGCGGCAACCGAGCCUCAGCCCGCAGCAGCAGCCGACGAGUGUGGGCCCAAGGCAGCACCAGCCAAGGAAGCAGCACCUGCCUGUCCGGUGGAAGCCGCCGGAGCUGGUAACGUCAGUCGUGCUCCAGGCACGCCAGUUUCUGCCGCAGACGUCGCCGCGUCUGGCGGAGUACUUGUCAACGGAGGUGGAAGCCUUCCGCCUGUUACCGGCCCACCCUUGUCCGACAGUGGACCACCAAUGUCCAUGCUAGGUGACAACCCAGGUGAUGGCAUGGUUGCAGGCAAUAAGGAUAAUCCAGGAUCCAUGGCCACACCAACCUCCUCAGAUGCCGCAGCAGCAGCUGGCGGUCCCAUGCUGCCCACAAUGCCGACACAGCAGCAACAGCAGCAGACCAUGGGGGGGCCACAGCAGCAGCAGUUACCCCCGCACCCACACCACCACGCGGGUGGCACCCUCACCAUGGGGGGCGGUGGUGGCGCACCCCAGCUUCCCCACGGCGGGAUGCCGCCGCACAUGGUGCACCAUCAGCAGCAUACACAGCCUCACCCUGGAGUCCCUGGCGGCCACGGCGCACCGUGCAAUCCACAUUCGGGAGCGGCGCAUAUGGCGGGGGGAAACAUGGCCGUAGGAGGAGGACCGAACCCCAUGGGGGGACCUGGCAUGGGUGGACCACAGGUCUUGCCGCCUGGCAGCAACAUGGGCACUCCAGGGCUGCACAGGCCGCCAUCGAGGCCAACGAUGCCCCCUGGCGGGGCAGGCUGCCCCAUGCCUCCACAGGGUGGCGCUGGUGUCGGUGGCGGCGGUCUGGAAGCACAGUACAUGCAGCAGCAGAGCCAGAUUUUUGUCUUCACGACGGGCCUGGCGAAUCAGGCGGCCGAGGCUGUGCUGACAGGACAAUGCCCCAGCAUCAUUGCGUUCCACUGUGCACAGCCAGGAACCAAGCGCUUUCUAGAAAAGCACCCACUCAAGAUCCAGCAGUUCAGUAAACAGAACCCAGCCGCCUGGCUCAACACCCUUGCCCAAAUGAAGCAGCGAGGCUCCCAGGGCAUGCCAAGCGGCCCCAUGGGACCAUCCCCUGGCGGUGGGCCUCUCAAGGUCCCGCAGACGUUUGGCCCUGGCUUCUGUGGCCCUCCGCAUGCGUGUGGACCUCCCCAUCCUGGAGGUGGAGGUGCCGGUGCCUGGCAGCCUCAGGAAUCGUGGGGCGCUGGUCCCUACGGCCCGGCGGGCAUGGCGCCGCAGAGGGGCCCUUCCCCUGCCGGCAGCCGAGGGCCCGCACCCCCCCAGCAGGGCCACCAUCCGCAGCACCAGGGCUGCGGACCACCCAACGGCGGCUGCUUCCCGGCGGGUGCGGGGCCCUACCCAGGCAUGGGAGGACCUGGUUGUGGCAGCAAUCCUGCCCAGAUGGGAGCGGGGGUCAAGGUGCCCGAUGAAAACCUGACACCUCAGCAGAGGCAGCACCGCGAAGAACAGCUAGCCAUGAUCCGCAAGAUGCACCAGCUGCUCUUUCCGGACCAGCACGGCACGGGAAAUGCCGCGGGACCCCCCGGUGGCCAACAGCAGCAACAGUCCGGGCUGCCCCAACAGCCGCAGGGGGGUGCUGCGCCCCGCCCCAGGGGCCCUGACCAGUUUGGGCACUGUGGGGACCACCAGCACGAAGGGGCAAACAUGCCCCCACAAAUGCAGCAGCCGCAACAGCAGCCACAGCAGCAGCAGCAGCAGCACUUCAGUGCAGCUCCCACGCAGGAGCCUUGUACCCAACAAAAAAGAAAAAGAAAAAAAAGAGAACAUGUUUCAUCUCAACCAGACGGGCAGAACCUUGGACUGCUACAAAGAAACGUCUACCAGAAGCCAGCGUCAGUGAAGCGUGAAGAGUGGAUCACGUCUUCAGCCUCUGGAAACCAGGCAUGCUGUUGUGCAGGGCCCCAGGGAGCCAUGAUGGGCCACCCGCCAGCCGACUGGCAAACCCAGCAGCAGCAAGGUGGCAUGCCGGCCCAAAAGCCGUACCUCGAGGACCGGCGCCGCAAGGGGGCCGCCGCUGCCACUCAACCACAGGGGCUCUUCCCGGCAUGCGGCAACGAGUUCUCGGCCUCUGGUUCGCCCAGCGGCUACGUUGCACGGCCAGGAUCUUGCCCCAACCCAAACUUCAACAACGGCACCACAGGCCCUGGCGGUGGGGCCGGCACUACGGGCAACAGGCCCAGUUCGUGCGCCGGUUUCAACUCACCCGGUUCCUUCUCCAACCCACCAACACCUUCGGGGUUCCCCGGUGCGCCGGGAGCCAGUCCAGCUGGCGCAUCGUCCAACUUCUCCACAGCACCAGGCACCAGCCCUGGCAUGGUGUUCAGCCCCGGAGCAGCAGCGCAACAGCAGACAUCCGGGGGAGGAGGCUCCUUUGGCGGUCGGCCUGCUGGCGCCUCCCAGUGCGGUGGGGGCGGUCCGUUCCCGGGAUCUGCACCCUGUGGCAGCCCAGCCCUCCAGCCUUUCUCACCGUCGGUCCGUGGGUCCUCGGGGUCCAGCCCGCCAAACUAUGGAGGGAGCGGCGCUGGUGGUGCUGGUGGCAGUGGAAGCCCGGGCACAGUCCCGCCACCACCACGGAGCCCCGCAUCUCGCGCGAGCCCACGUCUCCAGCAGGGCCCACCCCCUCCCUACGGCGCGCGGGGUCCGAUGGCGCCCAGUCCCCACCCACCAACGUCGCCGUCCCCUCGUCUUGGCACGGCAUCUCCGGCGACUGACCCUGGGGUGCGGCAGUUCUCCCAUCCAGCGGGCGGCGGCCGGCUGGCCAACCCUAGCCCCGGCAGUGUGCAGACAACACCACUGAGCUCACCUAAGCCCUGCCGCGGGGGCCCACAUACACCAACCACGCCUGGCAGUGCCGUACCUAGCCCUUCGUCUGCGGGAAGCUCACGGAAGCGGUCUGCCACACCACUCACGCAAGACCCACCGGAGUUUGUCACUGGCAUGGGUACGUCUGGAGUGACGGGUGGGGGGAGUCUCGGUCAUCCUGGCGGGAUCAAAAGUGAGCCUGGCCUGAUGCCCGUGCCCUCGCCACAGCAAAUCCAGUACCUGGGCUCCCUGGAGAGCCAGGAGCUCACUAUCCAGAAGCAGGCCAACCUGGGGGUGCCCGAGGGAUCCCUGAGCGCGCAGGGGGGACCCCCUCACGGGGGGAAUCCCAUGGGACAGAACCCCAUGGGGCCAACGGCAGCGACACAGGGGGUCAUGUCCCAGCAACAGGGCAUGCUCCAAGGCCUCGGUCACCCAUCAGAAAUCCCGCCUCUGGACAUGGGCCCCAGCCUGGCCUCGGAGAAUUCCCAGGGAUCGUACCACUCUUCGUGUUCCUCGGGCAUGGAAGGCGCCACUCCUCGCAUGGGUCCGUCCAUGUCUGAUGGAACGGGUGGCCCACGCUUUGCAACGAGUCCCCCCUAUGACACACGAUUCCCAGGAGGGGCACCGCACGAACCACCAGGCUUCGGCUACAUGGACCCGCGGUGCAGGGUCGGUGUAGGGCCCGAGCCAGACCCAUCGGACCCGUCGCAGCAGGGCCGCUUUCCUGCACCGCACCACCAGGGCUUUCCUGCUGGUGCUAUGCCGCCGCACCAGGGGGCUGCAUUUCCUGGGGCUUCCCAGGGGGGGCCAGCAACGGGAGUGCGUGAUUUUGGCGAGCCAAUGAUGAGCGCCGCAGGCUUCCCACGGCCUGGCGGUGGCUAUGCCGGCGACGUUCCCCACUCGCCUCACAUCCAGAGCCUGCAGAAGAUGACGCCCCCUUUUGACGGCAGUGGCAAAGGAGAUGUACCAGUGGACCCACUGAAUGGACCUCAUCGCGGAAGUCCCGGCUGCAUGGUGCCCCUCGAGCCAGCCUCAGCACAGUUCAUGGGCGGUGGGGGCGGUGGACCCAUGAUGUCUCACGGCAGGGGGGCUGCCACAGCAGCAGCGCCAUAUCCUGCAAUGGCCCCGGCCCGAAACUCCCCCGGACCUCGUGCACGGGGCCGUGGCUCCGCGAACUCUGCUGCUGCUGCUGCUGCAGCAGCUGCGGCUGCCUCCUUCGGAGGUGGAGCCAACGUGCAAGUGAAACUCGGUGCCCCCAACACCAUCCAGUACCUCCCUGCGCGACCUCAGAACCCAGUGGCAGCGCCGCCGCAUCGAGCACCAAGUCUGGAAUUCCUACAGCGUUUUACGACGCCGCUGGCCAACCUCGACACAAAGGUGCCCACGCAGAACCUGCAGUACUUCCCGCCAUCAGGACCGCCCCAGAGGCCAGGUCCUGUCAUGAUGAUGCGAGGAGGGCCCAGCGGGCCUGGGGCUUACGCAGGAGCGCGCGGCUUGCCCCCAAUGGAAGCAUACGGUGGCGGCCCUAACGGGCCCCAGCACGGAGGGUUGCCUGUGGGUGCCAUAUUUCAGGGCGGCAAGGGACUGCGGCCGGCCUCUCCCGGAGGUGGUGCGGGUGGUGACGUGGUGUCGCAGCCAUUGCCUCCGACUGUGGGCCAGGCGUUCAGCUACAAGCAAAGCCCCUUCUACGGACCCACAACGGCUGACCCGAACUACGCGGUGCAGUUCCACAACUUUCAGCAGCAGCUCUAUGCCACGAAUACCCGAAGCCAGGGUGCGACAACGUCUGGGCCAUCGGGCGCGACAGCGGCUGCCGCAGGGUUCUUUGGCCCAAAGUGACUUGACCGCUUCCCCCUCCCCGUUUCUCGGGAAAGAAAGGAAGGAAAAUCGUGGCCCCUCUCUUGCGCAUGUCAUCUUUCUCGGCAGUUGUGUGUUCUCCAAGCCCGAGUCAUCGGUGCGUGACUCCAUUUCCCACACUUGUGACACAGGUCGGGUGGGUUGCACAGUUUGGGGGAACCUCGAGGGGGCUGUGGACACUGUGGGACAGGGAGUGCUCAGGUUCCAAAACACAACUUUGAAGGCCUCUUUCUUGUCUGUGCGCGUGACUGCAGCCGACUUUCUUUUGCUCAACAAGGCUUGAUGUGGCCCGCGGAGCCCCCCUGCCUCGCGUGUUUCUUUGGUGCCACCAUCGAGGAGGUGCGUGACUUCAUCUCGGUAGGACAGAUGUGAUUUCGAUGAACUGUGCUGUUCUCACAGCAGUCAUGCUGGAGAGGAACCAGCACUCAGAUGUCCGUGCCAUCUUUUUUUUGAGAUCAUAAGUGUUUUGGCCCCCCUUUUCUCAGUGGCUUCGGUGUUGAUGGGGCCUCCCACUGGUUGUUGUUUUUUCUCGUUUUGUUGGCAGUUGUUCCUGGUGCCGUGCUCCUCAUUAGCUUUGUUUACACGUUUUACAAGACUGGUGAAAAAAAAAAUAUAUAUAUAUAUAUAGUGGGGGGACGAUGCAGAAAGAAAAGGUCAUUUUGCCAAGAGAUUCUGAACUUCUUUUACCUAACUAGCUUUUGGCAGAACGACCUACGGGGGCAAAUUAUAAAGGCUGACUUGUCAAGGCGCUCGCCCAUGUAGCACUUGCAAGAUUAUCGUUCUUUAACGGUUGUGUGCUAAUGCAGCUAGAAACCAUGGGCCACUGGGAAGGGACACAGGCAGCUGACUUUCUUUACGGCUGCUUCUGUCGUUUUACAUAAGGCAGCUUGCUCUGUUUUCUUUUUCCUUAUACCUCGCCCACUGACUCGAGAUGUGUUUAUGGUGUGCCAUGUUUGUGGUAACGUAAACCUGUCUCGCAUGAAAGACGAGUGUGCAGCUUGUUUCUUUCAGUGCCAAGCGGGUGUUGUGUUUAGAAAGAGUGAGAGAACUAUCGCUGUGCUGAGAGAGUCUUCUACGCACAUUUUUGGCCCACUGUAGUAAUGAUGUUCUCAGAGAACCCUUCUCUCUCUCUUUUUUUGGACAAGCACGAGUUGUUUUCGUUUCUUCCCCCACUCCAUGCCACCCGACCUGAUCUUUGCUUACCCACGCAAAAUUGGAAGGGGAGUGAUUUUUCUGCUCAAUUUUAUAGUGCAACCGAGAGGAGAAUGAGGAACAAAAGAAAAAAAAAAGUGAAAAUACAACAAGAUACGUCACUCAUCGCGUCAGCCAUAAGCCUAAGUUAUUUAUCAUGAGAAAGAAAAGUCUCCGUCGUCGUCUUCACUGUGGUCUCUUCCGUUAUUUUUAGCCUGUUUUAUUUUUUAUCUAUCUCUUAUUUUUAAGUCAAACUGAGAAGUGUUGAACAUUGUGCUAGGUCAUUAUUGAAAACAAAGUUGUUCUGUGUUCCUCACAAGUGAGAUCCCGUCCAUGGAGUUCUAAGGGGAAAAAAAAAAAAAAAAAAGGAAUGAAACCUCUGCUGCAGUCUGACAGCUGACAAGGCAGAGACACCUCGCUAUAUACGACUGCGGGUGCGUCAGCAACACACCUUUACGCCCUCCCUAUCACUGUUCAUCUUCUCACCAUUGUCAACACAGUAUUUCCCAUGCGAUGUAGCUGGAAGGAUAUGCAGUCUCAUGUCUUGUACACCUGGAAGGGCUGGCGUUGCUUAAAAUUUCUUGCCUGUACAAUAGUCAGCAUUUAUUUAACUAAUUAAUAAGUUGUCUUCUAAGGUUAUUCUUAUAGGCUAUAAUAAGGUUAUUCUUAUAGGGGUGGGGUGUGUACAUCACGCAUUCUAAAGUUGUUUAUUACCGCUGCCGCACAUGCACUUUCAACAAUCAUUGAAAACUUGCAUGUGGAAAUGGGCUGUAAAAUUUUAGUGUUUUAAUCAAGGCGAUGUAGUACAAGGCAUUUAUUAAACAACCCUAUUCACUUGUCUCUACAAGCAUGUAUUUAACUUGAAUUAUCAGCAGCCACUGUUCGACUAGUAAAUCAGUUGUGUUGAUUUCCAUACUCUACAUUAGAAGGGAGGACUUGCACUUCGCGUUCACUAGUUUAAAAUACACUGCGUAGGCUUGUCUAAGGCAGUAGACUGACUUUUGGCAUGCACUUAGCCGCAAAACUAUGGCCAGUAAUUAAGCGGAUGAAAAUUGGGUGAGGAAAUGCCAACAAUCAUAAGAAUGUUUACAGCAAUCAUUGUGGAUUACCUGAACACAAAACUGCAAGGAGAAUUUGGGUGCCCACACUUGAUUCAACUUCACCCAAUUAGGGUUAGUAUGGCACUUGUUGCCAAAUUUACUAGCAAAAAAGAAAAAAAAAAUGGGUUGCUUAUAGAACAGGGGCCAUAUUUUCACACAAGCACUUUCGGGAAUGUUCACUUUUGCGAGAUUACGCGCGACUAGCGCUGGACACAACGGCGUCUACGAGCAAUGACAUUCUUGGCACAGUGCCAGCAAUGCUUUUCCCCGUGGAUGACAACACAUCCAGCACUAGUUCUGUGAAUUCUUGUGAAAGUAUCCCUGAAAGGUGGCCAUCAAAGAAUACUAAUGCAGUAUUCCAACGCACCACGUUUAGGAUUUCAGGUAUACAUGUAGCAUUGCUGCGAUUUAUUGCGUAAAUUGAAAAUGGGCAGGUAAAACAAACACUCGUAUCUCCUGGUGCAAAUCGGUGUGUGGCCUCAAGGCAGUGUUUACAAGGCACUGCAAAGACUGCAUUUCCUUCUAGCUGCAGCAUUCUCUCCUUCCUCGGCAUACAUGCAAUGUCCCACUGUGCAUGGCUCUCUUCCCAUCGUUGUUGCCCAAUGGAAUGCGUGGUUUUCUGGCCCAGUCUUAGUUCCUUUUUGUCAGUGAGGACAGGAAGAACACAGAGGUGAUGAAAAACAUAAAAAACAAAUGAUCAGGAGUGGGCAUCGUUUUCAUGGCUCAUCUUGAAUAACGGCCCGCACAUGCAAGGAAAAUGCUCAAAAUGGGAGAGUUUUCCCUGUCCCUAGCACCAUCGCAUCUUUUCCCUGUCUCGUGGUUCUUUCCUAUUUGUCGAAUGUUCUCAACAUUUUUUUUCUUUCUCACAUCUUUGUGUACCUGUUUUUCUAGCACUAUAUAAUUUCUAUUAACACCUGCCUGGAAUGAAAAGUGAUGCCGCUGUACCUGUUGAACAUUAAACAUUGCCAUCUGUGGGUCAUAGAAUUUCGAAGGAAGAGAAGUUUUGCACUUAGAGCUAAAUUUGAUUGCAUGCUUACAUUUAUUUUCAAAAAUAUAUAUGUGAGCAAGCAAUGCAGAAUGUACUACAAAAAUCUAAGAGUUGCGUUGGUGGCCUAAUUCCAAAAAAACGUAAUCUGUGCAGCCAACGCUAUGUUUUAGGCAAAGUUAAGCCAAGCCAAAUCUCGCAUCUUGGCACACCCACAAUGGCUACACUAUGAAACUUUCAUAGGCGGCAGCGCUGCAUUUCAGUCUAGAUGGUAUUGUAGGAAGUUCGCAAGUCUAAUGCAAUACAGAUUGGCCCUUCCCGUUGUCUGUAAUGUGAAUAAUUGACAAAUCAAAGGGGAGCGGAUCUCGGUAUUAGUGAAUCACGUAGACGGUAGAAUGUACAGGGCAGAUCUUUAGUUGUCGUUUGCACUGUGCUCUGUCAGGCACAUUGAAGUAUUGUUCCUUUAGCCAGCUUAGCCUUAUUGAAAAUUUUAGGAAGUCAUACCAUGCUCACAGGACAUGAUUUUAUGUUCUUUAUUGUUUGCGUAGCACCUGCAGCAUAAGAUCAGUGUCAAGAUUCAGAAAUUUGUACUGUGAUUGAGUUUACAGAGCUGGGUGCUGUUCAUCACACCAUGCCGUGAUUUUGGGAAGAGCAAAAUGUUUGCCUUCUUCUCCAAUGUCCAAACAUUGCGCUUGGCAGGUUUUGGUGCUUUUGUUGAUUGCAAUGUGCAUCAUUGAGCUGCGGGCGAAUGAUCGGCGAUUGCGGCUUUGACGGCAGCCACCACGUGGGUGCUCUUGCCAGGCUGCCUGCUGUUUUGCAACAUUGGCAGUGUUGCAGCUCAACAAAUAGCUCAGAUUGCACGAGGAACAUACUUCCUUUUUAUUUAAAACAUUUUUUGGCACCUUACUAUGUUUGUCACAUUGGCACUGGCAGUUGACAGAUAUAUUGAAAAGUUGUUAUAGGCUUUGUCUGAGGCAGCUCUUCAUUCAAGCCCACUGUGGUUUCUCUUCUUCAUUACCAGCCGAUCAUAUUGCAUGGGCUCUCAUUUUUGCAAAGUAUGGGAAUAAUACACAUCGUCACCUUAUUUCCUUCUGCCCGCCUGCCACUUUGAUCUCCUUUUUUUUUUUCGCUUUUUUUCCCCCAUCAAGCAACAGGGUAGCGUCAACGCGCGACAAAAAAAAAAAAAAAAACGAAAAAAAAAAAUAGGCGCGUCGUCCGACCAUUGUCAGCCUCCAGCAAGUGAGACAAGCCGUGCGACGUCGUGCUUUUGUUCGCAGUGUGUCUUUUGCAGCCGUGUGCCAAAUCUAGAUUAUCUCCUAGGUGCUUUGUUUUUUUUCCCCCUUCAAGUACUUUUGUUUUUGUCUUUCCCAUCGUCUUCAACUAACGUGACAUCGUCUGCCGCCCCAUACGUACGCUUUUGACAGGUGGCAUUCCCUUUCAUUCGUAUUUUCUGAGAGCGGGAGGGAGGCUGAGAAUUCAUGCGCCUGCUAACCAAGGCGAGGGGGUGCAGGGGCACUGUCGUCGAAGGACGCCCAGCGAACUGCGUCGUUCGCCGCGUCGAUUGCUUUCAGCAGAGGAGCAAUAAAGAGUCUGCCGCGGGAGGGGAUCUUUUCGGGGUGAGGGAAACUGGGGCGAAUUUUACCUCAAUCGCGGACGGGCGAACACCGCCGCAACGCGAGUGGGAAUAAAAAAAAGUGUCGCGUGAGAGGGAAAUAAUUUAUGCUUUGCAGCGCCGUGUACUGCAGCUUUUUAAGGUGUUUGUUUAUUUUUGUUUUAGUCUUUUUUUUUUUUUUAUUCCUCCAUUCCCACCCUGUACAAAUUGUAAGCAGAUGGUUCAUGUGUGUGUGUGUGCCGUUGUCAUUGUACAGCUGUGCCUAUGUGUGUCUUUUUUGUGUCGUCCAAGUCACUUUUCACAGGUUGGUGUGUGUUGUAUCUUGUUAAAAAAACGCGCCAGGAUCGUCAAAGAUCGUGCCGUGGCGCUGCCCCGGGCUCUCCCCCCGCGUGCGCGGCAUGUUUCUUUUAACCUUCUCGAAAUAUUCUUCUGGGAAAAAAAAAUCUUUUAAUGCUGUUCUUUUUUGUUUUCUUGAAAGUGUGAUAUGCUUGCUGCGUGUGUGCCUGGGGAGAAAAAUGUAUAAAGAUGCGUGCGUGGGAGCCUGCGAGAAAUGUUGAUUUGCUGUUUUUUUUCUUUCUUUUUCUGGUAUGCGUGUGCCACAUCAUGAUGAAGAGAAGUAAUAAAAGUUUUUUUUU